UCGAGAAAACCCGUUCUUGCUUGGCGUCUCCUCGGCUGUAUAUCAGAUUCGAUCUCAGCUGACGCUUUAUUUUUUCCCCUAUCCGCAAACUUCUUCAAAGCUUGACCUUUGGAAUGCUACUCGAUCUGCGAAAAAGCUGCUAGAUUUGCUGCAAUUAGAUCAGACUUAGUAAUGCUCUUUAAGUGCUUCUUCCGAUUUCAAAUGGAUUUGUGAGCUGAAGUAUGACUUUCCGCUAAUGUGCCAAUCGUAAAAUAUACAUCUUGUAGAUAUAUUAAUUUAAAAACAAUUUCUAUAGCGGACAAAAGUUAGCGUUUCUGAAGUGUUCAUCCAAUGGCAUAUUCUUCGAAAAAACAGAUAAUGAGCAAAAUUUUCCUGGAUUACUAAUCUUUUUUUAAAUCGCGAAUUUGGGGAGAAAAAUUGUGAUUGGACUCGAUUUGUGCAAUCUUCCGUAUUUUGUUUUGGUUAUUAUUAUUUAAAUCAAUGACAAAUGAAUUAGUAAAUUUCCAAUCAACAAUCAGCGUUUCUUAGAAAUUUCCGAUCCUGUGAUUUCGCUGUUACUUUGACUGUUUUAUAUUUUAUAGUAGCAAUGUGAUCGCGCAUUAAAUAUUGAACUUUAAAUUUCUAAUAUCUGAGAAAAGAAGAAAGCUUUUCUGCUGAUGAAAAUAUUUUGCUUGUACUAGAUUGACAAUGGAUUGUAUUACAGAAUUUUUAUGUGAUGGCAAAGUGCUGCAGAUUUCGUGCUUCGAAACAUUGUGCAUACAUAAAGCAAGCAUUCUUAGGGUUUUGAAGCAUUAACAGCUAUGUUACGCAGUUGGAUCUACGUUGUAAUCGUCGGCGCGGUGUUCUGCCGUAUUGCUGCGGGAUCUCGCGGGUACGUAGCACCGGAAGACUGUGAAUGGACUGCCGCUGGAAGCCUCGGUUCUUCUUCGGUGGCGCUGACAUGCACCGUCCGUACCAUAAAUGGAGCUUUCGAUAGCACAAAUUUCAGCCUCAUCCAGCCUCAAAAUACAGUCAGUCUGAAAGUCAAAUGCGAAAAUGUGUUAUUCGAAAGUGCCCUUGCAAAUAGUUCUUUCCAACAUCUCAAAGAGCUACGAUCCCUGCACAUCGACUUCUGCAAACUGAAGGAGAUACCUGUUAAGGCAUUCUGGGGUCUGACGGAGUUGACCAACUUGACGGUGAGAACUUACAACAGCGACUGGGGUGAGAUUUUCCUGAAAGUAAUCCCUGGCAGUUUAUCCCCUCUUCAGAAACUCAACAGGUUGGAUUUUAGUCGGAACAAUAUGCCAGCUUUAGCACCAUCAUUAUUGUGUUCUUUGCCAAAUCUACAGCAUUUAAAUCUCUCUCAUAAUGAUUUCAGCGAAGUCGUGAAUUUGGGUUUCGCGGCUACCAACCGGACGCCUUGUCCUGUUCAUGUUCAACAUCUGGAUUUAACGAAAAAUCGCUUGAAAGUGCUCGGCGAUCGUGGAUUUUCGGCACUGAGGCAUUUGCGGACUUUGUACCUUCAAUCGAACAGGAUAUCUCGUGCGGAGGAUACAGCGCUGGCCGGCUUAGGUAAGCUACAAAUUCUAGAUCUUUCUAAUAAUCAGUUGAUUGCUCUUCCACCGGGUUUCCUGAAAGGCUCGGAGUUGCUUGCAGAACUUUAUUUACAAAAUAACUCUAUGAGUGUCCUGCCUCCUGGAUUGUUUUCUGGACUGCAGCAGAUGCUCAUAUUGGACUUGAGUCGAAAUUCGCUCACCAGCCAGUGGCUUAAUGGUGAUACUUUUGCUGACAUGACUCGAUUAGUUGUCAUGGAUCUAAGUUAUAACAAGUUGUCUCACCUCGAUUCAGCGACAUUUCGCUCGCAGUAUAGCCUCAAAGUUUUACAGCUGCAUCAUAAUGAGCUCGUCAGCAUUGCCGAUAACGCUUUUUCAUCGCUGUACAACCUCCAGAGUUUGAUACUGAGUCAGAACAAUUUAACUUAUAUUGAUGCUCUUACUUUUAAUGGCCUUCAGAUGUUGGAAAUCAUAUCGUUGGAUUUUAAUAGCAUACAGGCAAUUCACAGUGAGGCUCUGAAAAACUGUACAAAUCUCCAAGAAUUGACUUUGAAUGUCAACAAGCUAAUAGAAGUGCCAAAAACUAUAAAAUUUCUGCAGCAGCUACGAAGCCUGGAUAUAAGCAACAAUAGGAUUUCUGUGAUAAGUAACGCGUCUUACCAAGGUUUAGCGCAUUUGUACGGUUUGAAACUUGCAGGAAAUUUGAUAGGGAAUUUAAGUAAAGGUGUAUUUCAAGAUUUACCCUCAAUAAGAAUACUAAAUUUAGCUAAUAAUAAUGUGCAGGCUAUUGAACAAGGUACUUUUGAUGAAGUGCCGCUGCUUCAUGCUCUAAGAUUAGACUCCAAUUUGAUAUCGGAUAUUAAUUCCUUAUUUAUAAAUCUUCAUGAUUUGAUGCUACUUAAUAUCUCAGCGAAUCGGAUUUCUUGGUUCGAUUAUGCACUUAUUCCGAUUGGAUUGCAUUGGUUAGAUGUUCAUGAUAAUCAGAUAGAAACUCUAGGAAAUUAUUAUGAGCUAGAAUCUGUGUUAAGACUACGUACUUUGGAUGCAUCCUACAACAGAAUAGGGGAAAUAGACGCAUCGUCAUUACCGAAUAGUAUAGAAAUAAUAUUUCUGAAUAAUAAUCUGAUAAGAAAUAUACAAGCUUUUACCUUCUUAGGCAAGCAAAAUCUAACUAGGGUAGAGCUAAAAAAUAAUUAUUUACAGACUUUAGAAAUGAAUGCAUUUAGAUUAAGUGAAGUACCAAGUAGAAGACCGCUUCCAGAAUUUACGGUUUCGCAGAAUCCGUAUAUCUGUGAUUGUAACAUGGAAUGGGUACAGCGCAUGGCUACUUUAGAUGAAUCUAGACAAUAUCCGAGAAUGACGGAUAUCGAAGAUAUUAUAUGCAGUUUAACAUUCACUCGGCGGAGAGCAGUAGUGCCGCUUACGAGAGCUCAGAGUUCGCAGUUUUUAUGCAGUUACAAAAGUCACUGUUUUGCCUUGUGCCACUGCUGUGAGUUCGAUGCUUGCGAUUGCGAGAUGGUGUGUCCUGAAAAUUGCACCUGUUACUAUGAUCAGAGUUGGAAUACCAAUAUCGUAGAUUGUGGUAGCAAGCGACAUACAGCAGUGCCUAGAAAGAUACCCAUGGACGUUACUGAACUGUAUCUCGACGGCAGUGAUAUUCCAACUCUAUCCAGUCAUACAUUUAUUGGCAGAAAAAAUAUGAAAAUCUUGUACCUUAACAAUAGCAAUGUGCAUACAAUCGAUAAUAGAACUUUCAACGGGCUGAGAGACCUUCUAGUUCUCAAUUUAGACCAUAAUCGUCUGACCGCGCUUCACGGAUAUGAGUUUGAAAGGCUGGUGUUUCUUCAAGAGCUUUAUCUCUCUCACAAUUUAAUCACAACAAUCAGCAACGUCACUUUUUCAGCUUUGAAAUCUAUAGAAAUAUUGCAUCUAGAUCACAACUUUAUAGUGCAUUUCCAAGUGUGGUUACUCAACAUGAAUCCUCGUUUGCAAGAAAUCCGAUUUGCUCAUAAUCCCUGGACGUGCGAUUGUUAUUUCAUAGGGGAAUUAAAGGAAUAUCUUCAUUUAAAAGGUGACUAUGUCCGUGAUAUUUACGAUUUAGAGUGCCAGUUUAACCAUAGCAGUGCUCAUGCCUUGCUAGACUUCAAUACGACGGCCUGCAACAAUUUUACUGCCACAGCAAUUCGAAGUGAGUUCGACGUUACUGAAAUGCUGCCAAUGCUGAUCAUUGCCGCAUCAGUCUUAUUCUGCGUGAUCUUCGCGGUUGUGCUCAUCUUUAUUUACAGACGAGAAAUGGGUGUGUGGUUCUACGCGAAGUAUGGUGUACGCCUUUUCCAAGGGGGCAAAGGACGUGCUUCUCAACGGGGUGGUGGAGACGAAGACAAACUCUUCGAUGCAUUUGUCUCCUACAGCAAGAAAGAUGAGGCCUUCGUGACACAAAUCUUAGCUCCAGAGUUGGAAUGUGGAAUGCCGACCUAUCGUUUGUGCCUUCACUACAGAGACCUACCGGUCGGAGGGUACAUGUCAGAUGCCAUCAUGGAAGCCAUGGAAAGCAGCAGACGAACUAUAUUAAUUUUGUCCGAGAACUUUCUGAAAAGUGAAUGGUGCCGAUAUGAGUUUAAAUCGGCGCACAGGGAAGUUCUCAGCGCGUGCCAGCAUAGACUUCUAGUGAUAGCUUUGGGCAAAGUGGACCCCCAGGAGCUGGACCCUGAUAUCCGACUGUGGAUGAAACAGAGUCCGGUCCUCAGGUGGGGUGAGAAACUCUUCUGGGACAGGCUAAAAUAUGCAAUGCCUGAUGUUCGACACCGAAAGACAGAAAGGAACAGAAAUGACGGGGAAAGAAAGAAAGAAAGAUGUAGCAAGCUUGUUUGGUCAUCGGAAACUGAAUACUAAAAGAACUGUCAAUCUUCUGCCCGUUUAGCCAAUGGAUCUGGAUCUCGAAAUGCGGGAAAAAAGAUUCAGGAUCCUCAGUGCUUCAAUAAAAGCACAAGCACUACAAAUGAGUUUCUCGAUAGUUGUACCUAAUCUUCUUUGCCAUCCUUUUGGAAGUCAAUACGCAUGUGCAGAGUAGAGGAUUAGUUUGCGGCAGAUUUCCCAAGUGAGAAAACCUAAAUCCCACUCACUGCAAACUAAGUGCACUAAUCCUCGUAUCCCUUUUUACUCUUCCUCUUACACAUAAGUUCCAUUCCUCUGCCUGCUUUGGAGGAAGAUUUUGAAAUGGUGUAUGAAUGUUUGGUGUAUUACUAAGUUCUUAAAAUGGCUUAGGUUCUUCGAUGAAGAAUCACACAAAUACUACAGAAAGUUAAGAA